UGGGAAACUUUGAAUAUCAGGGCGAGGCAGUUUUUUUUAAGAGAGAGAGGAGCUAUCGGAAUUUGUAGGAAUAGAAUGAAAUCCUAGAGAUAGAAAGAGAGAGAGAGGCUCUGAUUCUUUUUAUUGUACUCAGAUUGGCAGCAAUGGCGUUAAAAAUGCACAGAUACCAGCUUCAGUACAGGUACUGUUAAGUCCCCAGUUUUUCCUUUUGCGGGAAACCCUAUUUCUGGUUUCUCGUGUCCGCUCGACUCCCCCUUGUCUCUCUAAACUUAGGGUUGAAGAUGCCUCUCUUGUCAUGAGCUUCAUGACACAGAAUGUUACUGAGAUUACCAAAAGACUUCGCCCCCCUGUUUAGCCAUGGCGAACCUCAGAAUUGUUGUUGAUGAACUUUCAUUGCCCAAUAUUUGUUUAUGUUGCAAAAUGUCGAUAUUAGAAUCAUUGUCAAAGGAAAUUGGGUGACUGAAUAGGAAGAGAAUAUUGGGUUUUUUUCCCCUUUUCUUUCUUUUCUCAUAUUCCAACCAUGAAGAGAGGAAAGGGGGAUCCACAGGGUGGAAGGAAGUGUAAAUCAUCUCAUAUUUUACUGGUUUUAGGGGGAAUGUAUCUGCUCUUCAUAUUCUUUAAAUUGCCAAAGGUUCUUGAGAUGGCAACCUUAUUGAGUGGAGAUGAUAAUUUUGUUACUUUGGAAAAAUCAUUUAGGAGAGAACCAGUUGAUGAUGACGAUUGGAAUAAACCCAUUUUCUCAUCAGUUUAUCAGGACACUUUUCAUAGAAAAUUAGAGGAUAGUCAAAAUCAGAAUGCCCCAGAAAGGCCACAUAACGAACCCCAAAAGUUGGACCAGGGUUCUUUCCAAACCCUUAAGCCACUCGUGCAUAGGUAUGGAAGGAUAACUGGUGCAAUAGUGAGAGAAAUGAACAAAACCCAUGACUUGUCUAUGCUUGAAAGAAUGGCAAAUGAUGCUUGGUCAAUUGGGCUAAAAGCAUGGGGAGAGUUGGAAACUCUUAAUUCAUCAUCGGUAACUUUAAAUCAAACCGAGAAGGUGACAGAGCCAUGCCCAUCUUCUAUUUCUUUGUAUGGUGAAGAACUUGGUGAUCUGGGUAAUACUAUGCUUCUCCCUUGCGGCCUGGCAGUUGGGUCUUCAAUAACUUUGAUUGGCAAACCUAGAAUUGCUCAUAAGGAAUAUGUUCGCAAUUUUAGGAGGGUGAGAAGUGGGGACGAUGUGGUCAUGGUUUCUCAGUUUAUGGUGGAGUUGAGGGGAUUGAAGGCAGUUGAUGGGGAGGACCCACCAAGAGUUUUGCACUUAAAUCCACGUUUAAGGGGUGAUUGGAGCCGAAGGCCUGUUUUUGAGCACAACACUUGUUAUCGGAUGCAAUGGGGGACUGCACAAAGAUGUGAUGGUUUGCCAUCAAGGAGGGAAGAUGAUACCAUUGAUGGAUUUGUAAAAUGUGAGAAAUGGAUACGUAGUGAUAUUACUGAAGCAAAAGAAUCGAAGACCAUUUCAUGGCUGAGACGAUUCAUUGGACGUGCAAAGAAGCCCGAGAUGAUGUGGCCUUUUCCUUUUGUGGAGGAUAGACUAUUUAUUCUAACUGUACGGGCUGGUGUGGAAGGAUAUCACAUUAAUGUUGGUGGCAGGCACAUUAGUUCUUUCCCCUACCGAACGGGAUUUUCUCUGGAAGAUGCGACUGGAUUGUCUGUAGACGGUGAUGUAGAUGUGAAUGCUGUUAUCGCUACUUCUCUUCCAAUCUCACAUCCAAGUUUCUCUCUUUUGCAUGUCUUGGAUAUGUCACAGAAGUGGAAGGCUCCUCCACUUAAAGAUGACUCAGUUUUCCUUUUCAUUGGGAUCCUUUCUGCUAGUAAUCACUUUGCAGAGCGGAUGGCAGUUAGGAAAACCUGGAUGCAAUGUGAAUUAAUUAAGUCGUCAAAAGUAGUGGCCCGCUUCUUUGUUGCAUUGAAUGCAAGAAAGGAGGUCAACAUGCAAUUGAAGAAAGAAGCUCAAUUUUUUGGCGACAUUGUGAUAAUACCAUUCUUGGAUAGAUAUGAGCUUGUGGUGCUUAAAACUGUUGCAAUAUGUGAAUAUGGGGUUCACAAUUUGUCUGCUGCAUACAUCAUGAAAUGUGAUGAUGAUACCUUUGUUAGGGUUGAUACAGUAUUGAAAGAACUAAAGAGUAUUUCCCCCAAAAAAUCCCUUUAUAUGGGUAACCUCAACUUGUUGCACAGGCCUCUCCGAUCUGGGAAAUGGGCUGUCACAUAUGAGGAGUGGCUUGAGGAAGUAUACCCCCCUUAUGCCAAUGGGCCUGGGUACAUCAUUUCGAGUGACAUCGCAAGAUUUAUCGUCUCUCAACAUGCUAAUCACAGUCUCAGGCUGUUCAAGAUGGAGGAUGUGAGCAUGGGGAUGUGGGUCGAAGAGUUUAACAUCACUUACCCUGUUCAGUAUUCCCAUAGCUGGAAGUUUUGCCAAUAUGGGUGCCUCGAGGACUACUACACGGCCCAUUAUCAGUCGCCACGACAGAUGAUUUGUCUCUGGGGCAAAUUGCUUAAGGGCCGUGCACACUGCUGCAAUUUCAGAUGACAUCUUGAGAUUCCCACUCUUUUUUCUUAUAACAUCUCUCACGUAUAUGUGUAGCAUUGUAAUGAUAUCAUGGAAUUUUCCAAUGCAAUUUUUUGUCCAUGUAAUUCUCUUUUUACCCCUGUGAAGCAUUCUCAAGGUCUAUUUUAACAGACUUUGUCAUCGGAAGAGGAAAGAAGAGAUGAUUAUUGUUGACAAUUGGAGAGAUGAUUUCAUACUCUUUUGGGUUGGAUGCACUUUUUCUAGCUUCCAUCCAUGAGAGAUUUGCCUGGUUUGUAUGUGUAAGUAUUUGUGAUGUAUAUGACCUGCUCAUUUGAGUUUUCCUUCU